AUGGCGCCCGGCCAGAGCACGCCCGCUCCGGUCCGCGCGGGCGGCAGCACGAGUGACAACGACGACGACUACGAGUACUCGUACGUCGAGGACAGGUCCCAGCCCAUCUACUCAAAGUCCAUGAUGGAGAUGUCCGCCCUGUGGCCCGUCCGCCCUCGCCUCUACAAGAUGAUACGCGUCAAGACACCCAAGAAGCGCAGCGACGCCGCCGCCGCCAUGCCGCCCCCCAGCGCCAGCACCGCCGACGGCCAGGGCGGAGGUAGGUCCUCGCAGGCCCCGACGCUCGUGGGCGAGCAGGACACGGAUCUCGAGAAGAAGGAGAAGGGUGAGGCGACGCCGCAUCGAAAGAAGAAGAAGAGGAGGAAGGAGCGGGAGCAGUUGCCGCCGGUUACUCCGCGGCAGGAGCUAGAGGGCUGGAAUGACGAGGAAGGUGCGACUGUCGAGGAUCCGGAUGGUUCGCACACUAAGAAAAAGAAGAAGAAGAGAAGGCUCGAGGACCAACCGUCAUCGCAGAAUGAGCUGGCUUUAGACGAGCCUGGCCAUACUUCUUCAAGGAAGAAAAAGAAGUCUAAGCAUCACUCGUCGUCGCAAGUGCAGCCGGAGCCAGAGGCGCCCUUGGAGGAUCCGCCAAAGAAGAAGAGGAAGAGAAAGAAGUCUCAUCAUGCCGAAUCAUCACAAGCUGAACCUCAAACCAGCGACUUGAUCCAACCUUCACCUGCCGAACCCGAACUUCCAGCGACACCCUCUCCGGAGCCACGGCCACUCGAGCCUCUGGAACAGUCACCACAGAUCAUCCCGAAUCUCUUAUCAUCACAGAUCGAAUUAUUAGAAGCAGUUCAGUCAGUGGAUGCGUCGCCAAAGAAGGGAAAGAGAUCUCGAAGGAAAAGGGCCAAGUCUGUUUCGAGAGAGCCUUCUGAGGAGCAAGUGGACUCAGCACCAGUUGCAUCAUCCGAGUGGCAUGCUAAGAAGAGGAAGGAAUCGUCUGAUGAGCUUGGCGAUGUUCAGAUGGCCAAGAAACGAAGAAUGCACUCACCGGACGAGGCUGACAUGCUCCCUGUUGGGAUGGCUGAUGCGGGUGCAGAUGAUGGCCAAGAUAUUGGGGUCGAGUCUUUGUCACCACACGUCUCUCCAGAACUCCUUAUUGAUUCCGAGGAAGGUGCAGGUUCAACCUCACAGGACCAUGAUGACGACGACAUGGACGAACAGGAGCUCCUCAACGCGCAGAUCUUUAGCUCGCAACAGCAGCUCGAGCCUGAUGUGGAUGGCUACGCCUCGUACGAGAAUGAACUAUCAACAAAUGGUGAUGUGGCCAUGGAGAGUACCGAGGCUGGCCAUGAUCCUGAAAUGUCAGAGACCGCACCCCAUUUCGAUGACGCAGAGGAGAAAGUGCCAUCGGUUGAAGAACAACCUGAACAGGCGGAGGAUGAGACUUACAAUCAUUCGGAUGAUGGAGAAGUCCAAGAUAUCAAGCGUGAAAGAAUUGGGCAUUCUAGGCAGCGAGCACCAAAGAGGCCAUGGACCCAAAAUGCUGUUGAUCCCGCACAGGAUGGUCAAAACUCCAGCCGGCCGUCCCCCGAAGCUCGUGCCCCGACUCGUGCCCCUGAACGUAAGGCACCUUCCACGAAGGCGUCAUCCACCGCUAAGAAGAAGAAACUCCGAGAGAGGAUGAGAGGAGGCACCAGCGAACGGGAGAUGGCACCCAAGGAAAAGUCCACCCGGAGAAGGCGCAAGACAAAGGAAAAGAAACCUGUUACUACAGAAGGCUCCCGCUCAACGCAAGAGGAAACGGCCUUAAAGGAGGUCUUCAAGGAUUUCAUGGCCACAUACGGCCUGACCGAGUCCGCCGCGAAUGAUCUCGUUCAGGAGAACCCCACCCAGGAGAGCGGACGAGAUGCAAAGAAGAUGAAGAAAGAUUUCUGGCAACGAGCCGAGGAUGUUUGUCCCGGCCGAGAUCGCAAGAGUCUCAUGUCAUGUUGCCGCCGCCUCUUCCACAACAAAGACCGUGGUGAAUGGUCUGAGGAGCAAAAGAAUCAACUACAUGAUCUUUUUGAGAAAUACGGCCGUGACUUCAAGCACAUCGGGAGCAUAGUCAACCGUGACCGUAUGGAUGUCCGACAUUACUAUCUGACUGUAUACCGCUGUCUGGGCAAGCAAAAGAAGGGGAAGUGGACUCCGGAAGAGGAAGAGCAAUACCUUUCCAUUGUCACCUCAAUGUUAGAAGAGAAGCGGAAGGAUCGUGACGCGGAUCCCCAAAAUACUCCCUCGCGAAUGAUAGCGGGAGCCGACGACGAAAACCUUAUUAAUUGGGAGCAGGUCAGUGUUCGCAUGGGCUACACCAGGAACGAAAAGCAGUGUCGCACAAAGUGGAACAGCAUGCGGGAGAAAGGUCUUGUCACGCUUGGCGACGAAACGCCGCGACCGCCGAGCCAUAAGGCGCAGUUGGACCUGGAUCGUAAGACUCUUCACCUGAUGAAGCAGGACGACAUUGCUGCGUUUGUGCGAGCAGUUGAGACAUCUGGCGCAAAGAAAUCGAAAGACAUCCCGUGGGCUAAACUAGUCGAUCCCAAGUUCCGCAGAAAGUGGAAGCGACCCACGCUUCAGCUGUUGUGGAGCAGACUGUCAAAGAGUGUUCCUGACUACGAGACACUAACAGUACCGGAGAUCGCACAUUACCUUGUAGAAAAGCACAUGAAGGGUGACAAGCUUGACAUCUUGCCCGACGACGAAGCCAAUGAGACCGAGGAGGCCAGGAUAAUUGGUGGUCUUUGGAACACUCCUGCCGCAACUCCUAAACGUCGACAGGCGCGUGUUGUCAGCUCUGCGGUCGCCAUCGACAGUUCCGAUUCCGAACAGGACGAUGACGAGGAAAACACAGAAAACGGGCGAAAGCAAGACGAGCUCAGCGACGUUGAUGCAGAUCAUGAGAGGGAUGACGUUGCAUCCGAGCAGGAUGGGAGCACCCCGAGUGUUGAUCUCAGCUUGGUGACGGCCUCUGAAGAACCGAUGCUGGGUGGAGAUGAAGAAAUCAUUGCUGACGAGUCUGAUGAAUCGUCUCCUGCUGCCGACACCCUGGACUAG